AAAUAGUGGUAGAAAAAUCUCACCUAUUCAUAUAUUCAUAUUGUGGAAAUCUCAUGUUUAUGGAGUCCACGAGAUUUUAAAUCGUGUUUACAGUGCAGUAACUUAUAAAUUAGGAUAAAAUGGAUAGUAGCAACGACUCGUUAUCGGUGAUGUCUCCAGCCAUAGGUAGUGCUUCGGCUGUUUUGUUAACGCCUGGAAGGACGAGGAACAUAGCACAGGACAUGGAAGCCCUAAGAUUAUCUAGACAAGAUAACCCAUACUUACAGCAAAUAAUGGCAAGCAGAGAAAGCCUCAUAGAAAGUCAUACAGAGGAGUGUGAAGCUGAUGAUACGAUACUAAUGUCACAGGAAUUUGGAAGUACAGCCCUAGAUUUCGUAGAAGAAGACCCUAUCACCCUUAAGGAAGUCCAUGAACAUAUGAUCCGGUCACCGCCACCCACCAGCUGUUGGCCCCAUGAUUCGCUGUCGUACCGAGCAGCGUCGGCGUUCGACUUCAGCGCGGCCAGCCCGCUCUCCUAUAGCGUAUACUCAGUCAAUUCACAGGAAAAGGAGCUGCUAGGCAGUCGGUCUCCUAGACACAGCGCGCGGCACGACGAGAACCGGAACAACAACACGCCUGGACGGCCGAGAUCAUCGCGGUCGGUCUCCCCGAAAUCGCACGAUCUGAGUCUAUGUGGACGCCCUUUGUCUUUACCAGGAGAUAGCCACAUCCGCACAGCGCUUGGCAAGAAGCAAUCCCAGCAGAGCGAGCGGUUUUCCCUCCUUCAACACCCUCUGCCACUGCGUAGGCCACACGCCAGCCGGCGGGACGAAGACAGCGUGCAGCUUGUACAGGAUUGUGAUAAGUAACAUUUCCUUGGUGGAGAUAAGAAAAUGUUGAAAACAAGAACAUGUUUGCAGUUCUCGCUUUGUGAAUCAUAUUUGCAAGUUGUGCAAUAGUGCAGUCAAGAAUUGCGAAAGUGAAUCUACUAACCACUUUCAACUGAAACGUGAUGUUUGUUGUUGAUAUUUGCGCUUUGUCUUCGGAAUGCUUCCACCAAUAUCGGAAUGGCGAUAUGUAAACCAUGUCCGAUUAACUCGAAAGAAAUUUCCUUGUUACUUAAAACAUAUAUGCAGCUCUUUUAAGCUGUGUAGAGUUGUCUAGUCUUUGAGCUGUUUUGGUCAUUCGUAAGCCGUUUUAAAUUCGAUUCACACCUCUGAAUGUCCUAUCCAAUUGCUAUUAUUGUCUAUAGACACUUUGACCAAUCACAAGCCUCCUAAAUUGCAAUUGGAGUAUGAUCAAGUGAUGAACUACCUAUCCAAGCAUAUUUGUAGCCUCAGAACUUGGUUGUCAUUAUUUUAGUAGCUCUUUUACGUAUUCGCCCAUUAAAAUGUUGCAUAGAAAAUUAGUCUUGGUGGAAAUUAACCCUUAUGUCCUUAAACAGUAGGCUUACGUUUGUCCACAAUCUCACCUGGUGGUAAGGGAAGACGUGGACGAGAACGGUACUCGCUUGCCUAGCAUGUACCUUUUCCCUUCUACGAUAUACGUUGGGGAAACAGAACAUAAGAACAUUUAACAUAAAAACAUAUUUAACAAAAAAAUCCGUUAAAGGUCAAACCACGCCUGGCCGGCACUACUAAAUAGUGGUGGGACAGCAGUAAAAGAAAAAUUGUUUUGUUUUAAACA